UGCAGCCCUGAUCGAGUUUUCUUUUCCCCUCUCUCUGCAGCUCCCUGCCGCUGAAGGAGAAGCUGCAGGCCCUCCAGUGCCACUUCACCUGGGACUUUGAAAUCAGGGACAAGGUGGACGCCGCUCACAUCCUCCAUACGGUGGCUCUCAGAGUUGCCCACACUCCCUACCCGAACCAGGCUGUGUUCCUGGCCAUGAAGGCUUAUCUCUGCCACCUGCAAGGGCGAUAUGAGGACGCUCUGCAAAGCCUUAGGGAAGCUGAAGAGUUCCUGCAUAGAGAUCACCCAGGUAACGUCCCCCGCCAGGCCCUGGUCAUUUACGGGAACUACGCCUGGAUCUACUAUCACCUGGCCCAUUACGACGUGGUGGAGCGUUACCUGGACCAGGUGAGCCAGAUCUGCCGCUCCCUGAACAGCCGCUCGCCAUACGCAGCUCUGAUCCCUGAGGUCCACGCACACAAAGGCUGGUCUCUCCUGGCAACCGGCUUCCGCCACGGCCAACAGGCCACAGAGUGUUUCCAAAGGGCAUUGGCAGAAGACGAAGCCAAUGGGGAAUAUCUUGCUGGGUCGGUAAUCGCAGCCUAUGCAUUGUGGACCCACUUGUAUGAUCCUGUGUCUUGGAAGGAAGCCAAAGAGAAGUUGGGAGACAUUAUCCAGAAACAGCCACAUAACUAUGAAGCGAAGGUGUAUUUAGCCCAGCUCAUUAAGAAGGGAGAUAGAGGCCAAGCUGAAGCCCUCUUGGAAGACGUGCAGAAUAGCCGAGACCCUGAAGUCCUGAGAUAUGCAGCCAAGUUCUUUCAAGCAGAGUUCCCAGAUAAAAGAAUUCCUAUUCUACAGAGGGCAAUAUCGCUGGACCCCACGUACCAUCUCCUGUACUAUGACCUUGGUGUCUGCUACAAACAACAACUGGCGGUGGCCAACAUGGGGAGAAGAGAAGAAAUCUUGGCAGCGGGUACGGAGGCCUUCAAGAUGGCUGUGCAGAAAGAUCCCCCCUCUGUGUUUGCAAAGCUGGCGCUAGCUGAAAUGCUCGGAGAAAAGACACCUGGCUACCAAGAAGAGAUUUACCUCAACCUCAUGAGCGAGGUGUCCACCCUCAGCAAGAGGUGCCAGCAGGCCGUCUACCUUCACUGGGGGGACUUUCUCCUCUACAAGCGGGAGUCCCUGCCCGAGGCAGCUGAGAUGUACAAAGCCGGUUUCGCCAUCCCAGACAAGUAUCUGGAGAGACCACAGCUGAGAAGCAGGUUACAAGAGGUGGCAGAGAAAUUCCAGCAGAGCUCCCAGACCACAGAGGCGAAGGCCAUUCGUGACUUCAUUAACGCAAACGAACGCCCAUGGGAGGAGAGGAAGUCCUCUGAUGGCAACAGCAGAGCAGGAGGGUGGAGAAGUGGGGAAAGUGGGGGAUCCUUUCCCUUCCCAGGGUGCACCAAGACCUCCUUCUGA